AUGGCUCUCGGAAUGAUUACCAUUAUUCACAUUGUCCUUGCCGUUCUCGUAAUCAUCGAGCUCGGCAUUACAGGAUACCUUGUUAACAUGACAAGCGGCUUUGGCGCCUCAUCUCCGGCCACAUAUGCAUUUCUGCUCUUCGACUCAAUCUGGAGCUUGUUCAUUGUCAUCUAUUUGGCCAUUACGCCUAUUUACCUUGCUCGCUUCUACCAUGCUCUUGCCGCCUUUGUCCUCCUGGUUAUCACGACGAUCUUCUGGUUCGCAGGCGCGAUUGCCCUUGCGUGUUUCGUUGGCGCGCCAGCCUGUCACGGAAAUAACUGGUGCCAGACUAAUGAAGCUGGCGUCGCCUUUGCAUUUUUCUUGUGGGCAGGUUUCCUGGCGCUCACGAUUCUUGAGGGCUUGACUACCUUGAGGGGCCACGCGCGGGCUGACAAGACCACCCCCUCCAACGUUUAA